AUGGCCUGGCUUCAAUCAUGGAGGUGUGAGCUAACGCGGCACUGGCGGAGAUCUGCCACCUGGUUGACGUCCCUGAGGCUGGAGAUGUCCCGGAGCCAGAGGAAAAACCUGGCUCUGAGGGGCCACUUGCGACAGAGGUGUGGAGUUAGACCUCAGUCUUUCUCUCCUGCUGCUGAGAGCAAUUGCACUCUAUGUGUUGUAGCAGAAAUCCCCAGAGACAGUGUGUCAGGUCGGUUUGAAAAACAGGACUUUGCCAGACUUGAAGCUCAACAGCAGGAAGAGAAAGAGGGAGCGAGGGAGACCAGUACUCUGGGUCAGUACUCUCAUCCAGCAGAGCAGAGCAACAGAGCUGCACCAAGAGGCCCAAACAGAGACUUGACUAGAGAAGAAGACAAGCAUGUUGUGGAUCCCAGAGGCUCUGUGUCUGCUGAGUCCAGUAGAAGUACAGUUCCUGAUGUAGAGACUCCACUGAUAAAAACGCUGGAUUUAGAGCUGUCAUUAACAAACACUGGAGUGAAGGAUUUGUGUGGUGCUGCAGCAGACUGGAGGGGAGAAUCAGUGUCAACACCAGUCAAACUGGAGGCUGAAGCUUCUUUGUCUGACGCUUUUAGGACUCAUAAUGCUUCGGUUUCUGUCACUAGAAUUGAGUAUGUGGCCCGGUCUCUGACAUCUCCUCACAAAAAUUCCACAGAUGGAGUCACAAGGACAGAGGAAUCACUGCCAUCCUCUUCUUUUCCUUUCGUGAGCAGUGGGAGCAGCCUUGGGAACUCUUCCGUGUCAGACUGUCUAAACAACUCCUCCUUCAGUAACACCUCCUCUGACUCUAGGAGCACAAGCUUUCCCAGCAGCACAGAGCGAGCGUUCAGCUGCCAGCUGUGUGACUGCCUGUUCUCCAGCUCCAGAGACUUGGUGGUACAACAGCACUCCCACGCCGGGGAGAGAAAUUACCAUUGCUACCUCUUCCAGCCACAUAAAGAGACACAUGGGGUCCACACGGGGGAGAAGCGCUACAGCUGUAGCCUGUGUGGGCAAUGCUUCUCACAAGCCUGCAACCUCAAGGUGCACCAGGCCGUCCGCACUGGAGAGAGACCCUACAGCUGUACCAAGUGUGGCAGGAGCUUCUCUGUGCUGGAAAACCUAGUGGCCCGGUCUCUGACAUCUCCUCACAAAAAUUCCACAGAUGGAGUCACAAGGACAGAGGAAUCACUGCCAUCCUCUUCUUUUCCUUUCGUGAGCAGUGGGAGCAGCCUUGGGAACUCUUCCGUGUCAGACUGUCUAAACAACUCCUCCUUCAGUAACACCUCCUCCGACUCUAGGAGCACAAGCUUUCCCAGCAGCACAGAGCGAGCGUUCAGCUGCCAGCUGUGUGACUGCCUGUUCUCCAGCUCCAGAGACUUGGUGGUACAACAGCACUCCCACGCCGGGGAGAGAAAUUACCAUUGCUACCUCUUCCAGCCACAUAAAGAGACACAUGGGGUCCACACGGGGGAGAAGCGCUACAGCUGUAGCCUGUGUGGGCAAUGCUUCUCACAAGCCUGCAACCUCAAGGUGCACCAGGCCGUCCGCACUGGAGAGAGACCCUACAGCUGUACCAAGUGUGGCAGGAGCUUCUCUGUGCUGGAAAACCUAGUCCGCCACCAGUGUACACGCUAG